GUGGUUUACUGUGGACAGGAGAGGCACGCCUGAUGAUAUGCCCCCUACAGGUGGAAAUAGGACACAUCAUGUGUGGGACACACAGUUGUACAGACCUGAGCAUGGCUCAUAGUCCGUUAGCUUAAAAGAAGGUUGGAAGAAGAUGGAAUGAGAUCUGCUCCUCAACACGGCAGUUUCUACAGUUCUGCAUGCACAGAGGAACCUGCAAAUACAGGGAUUCAACUCCGUCAUGACAAUGCCUCCAAAGGAACCACAGGAGGAUGUGAAGAAACUCAGCUUCUGGAUGCCAGGCAACUAUGUGCGAACAGUGCACAGGACCCAGGACUUCUUCCAGGUGUGUGACAACGUCGUGGCGUGUUUUAAGGACCGAGCACGGGUAGAGAAACAGUACAGCCAGCAGCUCAGAGAUUGGAGUAGCAAGUGGAGAUCUGUGGCAGACUCCCGGUCACUCUAUGGCUCCCUCAUGACGGCCUGGCAGGCUUUCUUCUCUUCCGCUGAGCGCUUGUCUCUUCUGCAUUCAUCUAUUUCUCAUUCCCUCGUUUCGGAGGAGGGCGAGCGUAUUCACUCCUGGCGAACAGACACAUUCAAGCAGAGGAUGUUGUGUGGCUUCCAUGAGUCACAUGACUUUGAAACAGCAUUUACAUGUGCUCAGAAACCCUGGGUGAAGAAACUAAAGAAGCUGGAAAAAGCUCGGCUUGCAUAUCAUAAGUCAUGUGAGAAGGAGCAGAGUGUGUUGGACAGAGAGUGCCAGGCCAAACACAACAGCAACUUGAAUGAAUACACACUCGCCAAGAUCCAGCAGGCCCGGGAGAGAGCCACACAAGACCGGGACAAAGCACGCAAUCGGUAUGAAAAAGUUCUGGAGGAUGUGACUGGCUACACAGCUCGCUACAUGGAGGAAAUGGAGGCUGUGUUUGAGCAAUCACAGGAGCAGGAGAGGAAGAGAAUCAGUUUCCUCAAGCAGGCCUUCCUGUCUAUACAUAGACACCUUGACAUCACCAACAAUGACAGUGUUAAGGAGGUGUAUGCGGAGCUCCACCACACCCUGUUGUCCAUCAGUGAGGAGGAGGACUUGCACUGGUGGAGGGUGCACCAUGGCCCAGGCAUGCCCACAACAUGGCCCGCCCUGCAGGAGUGGGUCCCUCCAGGUAGGAAACAGAAACCCAGGAAGAAGCCGGUGAAAGACAAAGAUAAAGUUGUUAUGAUUGGAGGAGUCCGUGUGAGAGCUCUGUAUAAUUAUGUUGGGGAGGAGGCAGAUGAGCUGUCUUUUAAUGCAGGAGAGGAGUUCCUGAAAGUUGAGGAAGAGGAUGAACAGGGCUGGUGCCGUGGGGUUAAGGAGGGAGGAGUUGCAGGCUUCUAUCCAGCCAAAUAUGCGCUCCCUGUGCAGUGAUGAUCAAGAAAUGGGUGGGUGGAGCUCAUACUGAAGAGGGCGUGUGAGUGGGUGGAGCUCAUGCUGAAGAGGGUGUGUGUGGGAUAUCUGGAACAAGGUUGUUGUUGAUGCUGCCAGUCAACAGAGAUAGAGGUGUGGAGAGGUGGAGAGGUAUGAAGAGAUGGAAACCUUGUGCUGGUUUAUCCUCAAGUAUCAUCCAGUAUCUGACCUGGGCCUUGAAACUCUCCAGCCCAGCAGGUCCUCUGGGGCUCAAACGAUCCACUUUACAUGUCAUAUUCACAGACCACCAGCCAUUAUCUCUGUGUUACAUGUCCUUUAUCUGUGUAUUACACGUCCUUUAUCUGUGUGUUAGGGGUGAAAUAAACAAAUAAACAUUUUGUUCAGUCAC